UAACUUCGCAAGCCCUUUUAAUAAACAAAAUCAAUAAUAGAAAGGGGAAAUAAUAUACAAAUUGAAAAAGAUUUACUUGAUAACAUUAGUAACAUGGAUAUUAAAGUCCAAACUAAUCACAAUAUCAUAUGUCGGAUAUGUUUGCAGGAGAACAUUAAUUUGUAUCCUAUUGAGGACCAAGUUCAAGUUCUUGAGGAUAGAAUAGCUACGUUGGCUGAAAUUAUAACAGAAUGCACAAAAUAUCCAGUGUUGGAUAGCGAUCAGUUGCCCACGCAUAUCUGUAAUGUUUGUAAGGAGGCGGCGCGCACAGCAUACUGCUUUAAAAGGCAAACAGAAAAAGCUUAUUGUCGUUUAAAAGCCUAUUACGAUAAAACAUGGACGCCGAAGGAUGAAAGACAGAUUUCUAAAGUUCCAAGCACACGCGAACAAUUUACCCAAACGGAACACAAGAAUUGUCAUCAAUGUGAAUCGUGUCCGAGAAAAUUUUUUAAAGGACGAGAACUACGCGAACAUAGAAUGCAGGAGCAUAGCAACGAUAAUGGCCGUAAGUGCCGCGUUUGCGGUGAGAAAUUUAUACAUUUGGGUCAGUUGAAAGUUCAUCUAUCUACUGAACAUCCUAAUGAAGGUAUACAUUGUGACUUCAAAUGUAGUACUUGUUCGAAAGUAUUUUCGCGUAAAGAUCAUCUGAAACGGCAUUUACGUUGCGUACACAAAUACGAGUUGGAAGAAGAUAAAAUUAAUAAUAGCGUUCAGUUAACUCUCGAUGAACCAGAAAUUGAGUUUGAAAAGCAAGUUAAUCCACCAAACAGUACCACUGCUAUUACCUCUACUACUUUAAUAGGAGUUGACACUGAUACUAGUUUGAACAAUCAUAGCAGCCAUUGGUUGGACUACGAGGAUGAGGAGGAAGCUUUACCUCAAGUAAACGAUGAACAACACACUAGCAUGGCUGCAGUUAAUCCGUUCUCGAGCGAUGACGAUGAAGAAAACGUAUAUCAGAUAAAAAAAUGUGAUAGCUUAAGUAGCGGGGAACAAGAAGAUGUCAAAGAGUUUACGGAUUAUGUAGUACAGCCCGAGAUAUCAAUAAAAGUGGAAAAAUCGGAAGAAAGUUUUAAUUUUAAUGAUUUCGAGAGGGGAAUUGACACACCGAGAGAAAAACGUUUAGUUACAACAAUAGCAAAUCUAACAAAUUUAAAACAUGAAAAAGCACUUUCCGAGGACGAAGUAAUGCAAGAAGAGGACCAGCAAAACUUUGGUGAUGAGAACAAUGAUCACGAUUGUGAACCAAUUUCUGAUAUUGAAGAUAUGGAUGAAGAGAAUGCUAAUAAUGAUAAUAAAAUUUUAAAACCAACGAAAAACUUAAGAGUUUUUAAAACAAUGAAAAAAGAGGCAAAAGAGGCUGAAAAGAAUAUACGUAAAAAUAAUAAUUUUGUUAGCAACGUGAAGGGUCACACCACGCGACGACGUUACGGUGCAUCAAAGAAUGAAGAAAAUCGCUGCUUACAAUGCAAUCGCACUUUUUCACGUUACAAUCAUUUAUUACGUCACAUGUUAACGCACAGCGAUGAAAAACCGCAUGUAUGCUGUUAUUGCGGUAAGCGUUUCUCGCGUAGCGAUCAUCUACAAAAGCAUAUCGCCAGUCUGCACACUGAAAAACAAUUUAAAUGUGAUCAGUGUUCAUGUGCCUAUGGACGCAAAGACCAUUUGCAGCGUCAUAAAGAAACGCGUCAUGGUAAUAAUCCGCCCCCACCUAAACUAUUUGAAUGCGAUAUGUGUGAGAAGAAAUUUACAACAAAAGCAUAUCUGAUGAAACACAAACAGUUGCAUGGAGCUAGACUAUAUGUCUGCAAGCACUGUCCGGAAACAUUUAACGAUAAAGACCUACUUAAGGAACAUCAAAAGAAAAUGCAUACGCAACCGCGAAAUUUCCUAUGCAGCAUAUGCGGCGAUAGUUUUCAACGUAAUGAAUACCUUAAAAUACAUAUGCGUAGGCACACAGGCGAAAAACCUUAUAAAUGUCGUUUUUGCGAAAAAGGUUUCCCGCGCAGCACUGACUUAAAAAUGCAUGAAAGAUAUCAUAUCGGUAUUAAGCCAAAUUUGUGUAAUCUGUGUGGCAAAGGUUUUCAUCGGCCUUACAAUCUCACCAUACAUAUGCGUACGCAUACUGGCGAAAAACCAUACAAAUGCACUCAAUGUCCUCAAGCAUUUGCGCAAAGUAACGAUUUAAAAGCACAUAUACGCCGUCAUACGGGUGAACGGUUUCGUUGUGACGUCUGCGGAGCAGCGUUUCUGCAACGCUAUGGAUUAAAAGCUCAUGUUAAAGCGGCACACGGCAUAAUAAUGACUUCGUUUACGGGACGCUUGCAGAAAGUACAAUUGCCUGCUGAAUUGGCGCAACAAAUUCUAGAAUCGCCAUCACAACAACAACAACAACAACAUCAGCAACAACAAGUGAACGUCGUACAAAGCACCCCAUCACCAACUUCGAUGCAAUCUUCAUGUGCUGCUACUGCUGUGUCGCAGUACAGUCUAAACCCAAUACUUAUGCAAACGAAUUCCUUGAUUGAAGCCAACACCACAUUAGUCUUAUCAGCCACUCAGAUGUCACUGUAAAUUAAAUAUUAUUAUUAUUAUUAUUUUUUUAAGACAGAUUAAGAUUAAUUUAUUAAGUAUUUGUCAAUAAUAAGUUAAACUUAUUGAUAUAAAUAUAAUUCCUCACAAAAGGGGGACUCUUGCUAAUACGCGGGAUUCUAGUUCUGAAACUAGAUUAAUUACGCGUAGGAUAAUGAGGCGGUUGAGAUUAAUUGCGUCUAAUGUAGGCCGACUUCUCUGGUUCAGUUAGUUUAAGCAAGGAAUGCAAGGAAUGUGAUAUCGUUUUCCUGGUCCAAUGAAAGUAUUUAUUUAUUUUCUAAGGGAUUCUUUGGUAUUUGCGCGCAAC